CCUCUAUAAGAACACUGCACGUGGCGACAUUCUACUGGCGGUUUUUGGGCGGCGAGGAACGCACCUCACCUUUCCACUUCUCUGGCCGACCUGCUAACCUGUCCCCCGCGACGACGACGAUAACCUGCUCCUGUAUAUAUGUAUGAGGGGAUCUGACCGCGACCACCGAUGCGUUGCCCCGCUGCCUGCUGCCUCCGAACGCUGCAUGCGACGACGUCUCAUUUGACCGCCCUUCUCUCGAACCGUUGUUCUUUUGCUGGGUACGGGAAAUGGAUGGCGAUCACACCAGACGGGUUGGCGCGCUGCCUAAACGGGUCAAACCCGCGUGAGAUGUGCCGUAAUGAUUGGUCCGAUCAGUCGCAUCAGAUCUGGGACGACAUAAUCAGCUGAGCAAUUAUGGUGCAAUCUUUUGCAGGCAACCCGUUUGUUCUGCUGCACUUUUGGCCAAUCCGUGUGCAGUCGUCUGGGAGGGGGGUUACAAUCUGAGUUCAAGACGACGGCAGUUUGAGCCGCGGGUCCCAAACGGCUGCAGCAAUAAAUGGCGGGCAUGCGACUUACGAGCGACGAGCUACAGCAGUGCAGCGUCGAAGGCUUGAAGCACUACGGACACCACCGCCGGCAUCAUUAGAAGCCGUAAAAGCCAGGCUUUGGGAUCUUUUUAGCGGUCUAGGGGCAUCUUUCGGGCCAAAAAGAGCGAAGAAUGUGAUCGUCUUUGGCGGGAUAUGGCACCAAUCCCCGCCAUUCCUGAUAUGGGCCGAUCGAGGUUUUUUCAUCGCUCCAUACUAAACCCCAAUCAUGUGGUAGGUCGUCGAGGUUUUUCGAUCCUGCGGCCGUUCUUCUUUCCUUCGUUUUCCCAGAAACGAAUUUCAGUCAUUUUCGAAAGCAAGCGAGCGGUGGCAGGCGAGGCCCCCCGAAUACACGCCCGCCCUCUUUUGGAGUGACCAUCACUCCAGAGGGACUAUCCAAAUUCGCGCGCCGCGGCAACUUGGGGUCAUUCCUCAAAAGAGAGCAAACCCCUCGGACCCAUUGGUGCCUCCCAGCAGCCACUCGGGCCUCGUGACGACAGUUGCCCCUGCACCAACUGCAACUACGCGGCCGGCUUCGCCCAAGCUGGCGCCCUCAGCUACCAUAGGUGACCCAACACUGAACGAUCCUCGGAACGAGGUGGUGCAGCCCCACAAGGCGGCGAAAGACGACAAGAACGCAGUGUUCCAGACGGCACGCAUCGAAGUAGUGAGCCCCAACGACAGCUCCACCCGGUGGACCUCGGGCACGCCCCGAGGGCACCUCGAUAGCGUGCACGUGUGUGUCAUGAUGGUCGAGCAGCAGACACAGCAGAAGCCCGCGCCUGCCCCAAUCAAAAGCAACGUCACAAUUAAGCAGGAGCCCAAUGGCACUACUCCAACCCCGCCACCAGCCCCUGUAGCCACUAAGGACAGCUGCAAUGCGGUUAUCAAGACGGAAAAAGUCGCCGACACGAAAAAAGUCAAGCCCGUGCCGGAUCUUCCGCGCGAAGUGUUGCAAUACGCACCGCUGCUUGUUGGAAAGUACUACAUUCAAGACAAACGCGCUGUAUGGUCUGGUAUGUGGGGUAUGAGCGAGGCAGCGUUUAAGCCCAAUGGUGUCAUCAGCCCGUUCGAGAUGAAAUCACAAGAAGACGUGGCUAUCCCAACGUGCAGCGGUGCAGCUGAUAGCGUCCAUCCGGCCAUGUCGGGAUCAGCGCUUGCACGCUCGUCCAAAACUACCAACGCUGCCAUUAACGAAGUGUCACCAGUGUAUUUAGGCUACGAAACGGAUGCGAAUGUGCGCUCAGCGAUGCCUUUCGACGGAAAAUACAGCGGAUCAUUCCAAAUCCAAGCGGUGAAGGGGAAACAUCAGACCGUAUCGGAGAAAGACGUGGAGAUCCGAUUCGUACAUGACGCUUGCAACCCGAUGCAGUUCGUAGUUUCUGGAUCAGGUGAGAACCGCUUUGGUUUAUUUACGUUGCAUGGAUUCCUGGACAAAGAGACGAAUGAACUGCGGCUAUACAAGGUGUACAAGCCGAAGGAGCCUGUGAAGCGCACGUUACCUCGACGUACAAGAUCAGUACGAGCAGCUACUCCAGCAGUGAAGCGUGAAGUGAAGGCUCUGUCGAUCUCUGCGCCUGGAGUUGCUGCUAUUACGGCUUCAGUAGAGGUUGCCAAGAUCGCGACACCUCAAGCUGGACCUACGAUUUCUGCUCCACGCAGUGUUAGCACCCCGAUGUCCGACUAUUUGUCGCCGUCUCUGGUGCUUGGACGCUCGGAGCGGAAACGUUCCAUCCCUGCACAUCUUCGUGAGGAUAAUAUUCUGGAGCUGGAUCAAGCUCCGAUGAGCAUGAAGAAGUGUCUUAGUAUCCUGAAGGGCCUAAUGGCUAACCCCAAAUCGGCGCCUUUCUUGGCUCCCGUGGAUCCGGUUGCAUUGGGUAUUCCAGACUAUUUCCAUGUAAUCAAGGAGCCGAUGGAUCUCGGCACUAUUCGCAACAAUUUGGAGUCCGGUUUCUAUGACAGUCCGUCGGAUUUUGCAGAGCAUGUGCGACUGACAUUCCGGAACGCAAUGCUAUAUAACGCUGCCCACAGUCAAGUACACAUUUACGCUCGCAAGCUCGUAGACGACUUUGAAAAGCGGUUCAAAAGUCUUAAUAUCAAGCUCUCUACAAAGAGCAAACACUCGGAUAUGAAGAAGAAGGACCGGAAAGCUGACGGUACUUACUCUUCGAAGAAGAUCAGAGGUGGGAAGGGGACAAAGGGCAAUUCCAAGCGACAAAUGUCUGGCGAAGAUAACGGACUGAUCAUGUCGCUGAAGGAGGAUAUUGAGCGUCUAAAAGCGACCCUAGAACAGCUGCAACCAACCAUGGCCAAGGCUGUUGCCUCCAAGUCCGCAAAGGCUGCCAAACCGUUCAAGAUGGAUGACUUGACAGAGGAGGAGCUCAACGAACCGAUGAGUCAGAUGGAUAAGGCUCGGUUGAGUUCCGACAUCAAAUUACUCCCGCAGGACAAGAUCAAUCGCGUCCUUCAGAUCAUUGCGGAAGCCGUUCCGGUAGCCAAGUUGGCUAACGAGAACGACGAAGUAGAGUUAGACAUCAACGCGUUCGACACGAGGUGCUUGCGAAUGCUGGAAGGAUAUGUUAGGGUAAGAAUCUCACGCCUCUUCAAGCUACUAUCACUCGCACCAGUAACUAAGCAUUCGCUGUUGAUCCUUUGUGUAGGAAAACGGGAUUGGCCGCAAGCGGAAGCGCCCGGCCAAGAAGGCGAAGAUGCAGCCAGCUGAAAAGCGACUUAAGUCUGCCAAGGUGGCGGCACUAAAUAUCCGCAACCGACAGGAGGAACUUAAGAACCAGCUGGCAGCAAUUGAUCGCGACGUUACCGGUGCACCGCGUACGGGGGAGAACGGCGAUCGACGCUCAGAGCAAGAUGUUGCCAUGACCGACGUGGAUGCCGAUACGGAAGCUGGAGCUGCGAAGAAGGCAGGAGAGAGUUCGGACAGUUCGUCUAGCUCUUCCGAGUCGUCAGACUCGGAUAGUGAUAGCGAUAGUGAAUCCGAUUCGGACGACGACGGCGGUGCUCCUCUCGAAAGGGUGGGUUUGUGAGAUUUAAUUGAGCGAGUGAGUCUUUAGAGCGGAGAUGGUUCAAGUUUAUUAAUUAACGCUUUUUUUUCUGCCAUGUCCACAGUCCCCUCCGCUCUCAAGCGCCCCGAGUCUGUCACAGCUCGACCCCUCAGCUUCCGUCCAUUCCGAUGCUGCCAAAAAGAUCCGAGACGAGCAAUUGUCUAGUUCAGAGCCUCUUCGUGUGGAGAACCGCGGGGCUUGGAGCAUGUUAGCCAAGAAGGAAACUCCGAAUGGAACUCCACUACCUCAGUCUAAUGGCGGCAGCCAGACGAGCUCGUUGUGGCUUUCUGCACGCUCGAUGGAGCAGAUCAAGCAACAGAAGAUCCAGCAGAAGGAGAAGGAACGUUCAGAUGAGCUGGAAGCUCAGAAACGCCGCGAAAUUGAGCAGCGCGAGAAGGAAAAAGGGCGUGAACAAGCUGAGCGGCGCAAGCAAGAGCAAGAGCAAGCAGCAAAGCUCGCAGAGGAGAAACGGCUUCGAGAGGAACGUGCUCGCGAAGCUGAGCGUGCUCGUCAGGCACAGCUUGCUAUGGAGCGCGAGAAACUGGCGCGUGACGACGAUGUCGAGCUCCACGACGCCACACUGAGCGAGGAUCUGGAUGCCUUCAGCUCGUCCUCAUUUUUGUAAAGUCGUUGAGAACGACGAGGUGAGCAAGACGGAAGUGUAUCCCCCCUUCGACGGACGUGCAAAGUUUUUAGUAAGCUGCCGUCGAGUGCGUACGUUCGUUUGAUAUUUAUGCCGGUGACUCGAUUCUGAGCGUAUCCAAAAGAACACCAGGUAGUAAGAGUAGCUAAUCUAUCUAAUCAAGACAAAAAUUGAUAGCAACUUGUGGUUUCA